AUGCUGCUGUUUGUUCUGCUCGCCCGGUCACGCCACCAGGGUUUACCUAAUGUUGAUGACGUCACCAUUCCACCUUGGGUGACCACUACAACUGAGGCAUCUAGAUCAUUGGGACCUGUAGACUUGGACGUACGACUACCUCGAUCCAUUAAGCCGCUCCAUUAUGUGGUCAAACUUCAACCCUUCAUCAAUGGCAACUUCAGCAUCGUCGGCUACAUGGAGGUGGAGAUGGAGGUUCUGGAACCCACUUCCAACAUCACUCUCCACAUAUCGGAUAUCAUCACUAAAAACGACACCGUAAAGGUUUCAGAUCAAGCAACAUCCCGAGGCUUGAGGAUCAAGAAACACGAGUAUGACCAUAGUCGUCACUUUUACAUUGCCCAUUUGAGGAAAGAGCUCCAGAAGGGAAAAAGGUACAUCCUGUCCAUGGAGUUCCUUGGUUAUCUUAAUGAUAAGCUGCGUGGCUUCUACAGAGCGACCUACAAGGAUGUUGAUGGUAACAUCAGAAAUGCGGCUGCGACCCAGUUCCAGCCCACCGCCGCCCGCAAGGCCUUCCCUUGCUUCGACGAGCCCGCACUGAAGGCAACCUUUGAAAUUCACCUCGCAAGGGAAUCUUGGAUGACGACCCUCUCCAACAUGCCCAUUGCCGAAACGGUGCCUGUUGAAGGACAGGAGGGAUGGAUGUGGGAUCGUUACGAGAAGAGUGUCCCUAUGUCCACUUACCUGGUUGCCUUCGUCGUGUCCGACUACGUUCAUAUCAACUCGACCGAGAAUGACCGUGUAGAUUUUCGAGUGUGGGCACGACAAGAGACCAUAGAUCAAGCAGAAUAUGCAAAUGAGAUAGGUCCCAAGAUCUUACGUUUCUUUGAAGAUUAUUUCAACCUAUCUUAUCCCCUUCCGAAGAUGGACAUGAUUGCAUUAACCGACUUCUCUGCAGGAGCUAUGGAGAACUGGGGUCUAAUAACUUACAGAGAAAGUAUCUUCUUGUAUGACCCACAAGUUUCAACCCCAGUCGACAAGGCAGUUAUUGCAAGUAUUGUAUCUCAUGAGUUGGCUCACCAGUGGUUUGGCAAUCUGGUGACGCCUAAGUGGUGGGACGACUUGUGGCUCAACGAGGGAUUCGCUACUUAUAUAAGUUACCUUGGUGUAGAUCAUGUAGAACCAACGUGGAAGGCAAUGGAAGAAAUCGUCGUUGAAAUAGUCCAUCGUGUGUUCGAUCUAGACAGCCUGGAGUCCUCCCACAGGAUCAACAUUCCCGUCUCAAACCCGGACGAGAUAUCCGAAGUCUUUGAUGAGAUAUCAUACAAUAAAGUCUACAAUGAUCUAGGAGCGUCUAUCAUCCGGAUGAUGACCCACUACCUCACAGAGCCGACCUUUAGAAAGGGAUUGAACAACUAUCUAAAAGCACUCACAUACAAUAGUUCUGUGCAAGACGACCUGUGGAAGCAUCUGACUCUGGCGGCUCACGAGGACGGCAUUCUGCCCCAGGAGGUGACUGUGAAGAUGAUCAUGGACACGUGGACGCUGCAGAUGGGAUACCCCGUCGUGAAGGUGACAAGGAGCCCCGACGGAACCUCUGCUACUUUGACACAGGAGCGGUUCCUCUUAGAAGGGAGCGCAAACUCUUCCAGCACCACGGAUUACAAGUGGUGGGUGCCUCUGACCUUCACGACCCAGAACGAGGCCAACUUCAGCCAGACUCAAGCCAGUUUAUGGAUGAAGGACUCUGAGGAUCAUGUCACCGUCUUUCUCUUCCCCCGAAGGACCAGUGGGUCUUUCAACCUGCAGCAGGCGGCCUACUACUACGACGACCACAACUGGAAUCUUAUUAUCCAACAGCUGAAGAAGGACCACCAGGUUAUUUCCCCAUCAACAGAGGGCAGAUUGUCGAUGAUGCCAUGA